GUACAGAAGAAGAAUACCAGUCCGUGACGUCAUACAACCGGAACGCAGGGUGUCUGCUGAUGUUCACCAAUAGAUUUUAAAUAAUGUAAUGUUCCAGUCAAGAUGGGGCAGACUAUGUGCAUCUGCUCCCGUGGCUCCAUCACCAUUGACAGCAAAAAAUACUACUUCUUGCAGAAACUUGACGAGGGUGGUUUCAGUUACGUGGACCUUGUUGAGGGGGUAAAGGAUGGUCGAUUCUAUGCCCUGAAGAGAAUCCUGUGUCAUGAUCGAGAAGGCCGCCAGGAAGCCCAGACGGAAGUGGAAAUGCAUCAGAUGUUUAAUCACCCCAAUGUACUUAGCCUCGUGGCACACACCUUUGUUGAGCGGAAUGGGAAGAGUGAAGCCUGGCUGCUUCUGCCUUACAUAAGAAAGGGAAGUCUGUGGUCAGUUCUGGAGAAGCUUCGAGAAAAUGGGAGCUACAUGCCUGAAAAACAGAUUUUAAAAAUCUUUCGUGGGAUCUGUUCAGGACUCAAGGCCAUCCAUGACAAAGGUUAUGCUCAUCGAGACCUUAAACCUACAAAUGUGCUUCUGAAUGAGGAUGAUAGCCCCGUCCUGAUGGAUUUGGGCUCUAUGAAUAGAGCCCGCAUUGAGGUCCGGGGUACCAGAGAAGCAAUGACUUUACAGGAUUGGGCUGCCCAGCGAUGCACCAUUUCCUACCGUGCACCUGAGCUCUUCAAUGUGGAGAGCUACUGUGUUAUCGAUGAGCGCACAGAUAUUUGGUCAUUGGGCUGCGUGCUGUACUGCAUGAUGGUGCUGGAAGGACCCUACGACCUUGUGUUUCAGAGAGGCGACAGUGUGGCCUUGGCAGUUCAGAACCCUGUGAACAUCCCACAGCCCUGCAGUUACUCAGAUGGGCUGCAGUUGCUGCUGAGCUCCAUAAUGGUGUCCAACGCCCAGGAGAGACCGAACAUCAGCUGGGUACUUGAGCAGGUAAAGGACCUGCAGAGUUGCAGCCCAGACACCCAAACCAAUACGGUCUAAAAGGACUUUUGCACACAUUGAGGAAUGGCUCCUAUUUUAUCCUCAGAAAUCCUUAAUUUAUAAAUGAUUGGUGAAAAAAAAAAAACAAGAGAUUCUUUUGAUCACCAUUUUAACUUUUCAAUGAUUUGCUGCUUAACACACAACUUGUGCGGUGCAAAUCAGCUGAGAAUAUUAUCAAAAUGCAUUAAAUAGAAUCUCCAUUCUCUCUUCUCCGCUUUUGAUUUCCAUUGUAUUCUUGCAUUGUCAAAAUUGUUCUUAUGUGCCUUAUGUGCUCAAAUGAGGUGGUUACAAGCUAGAAAGUAAACGUUGACCUCAGAGCUUUCCACAAAUUGUUGGAAUCUAUUUGCAGGCGCCUGAUAGUUCGAUAAUAAUCAAUAUUUUGAACGAUUGACGAUAUUGUGCUUUGUUAAAUCUUGAGUAAAUCAGAAAGCUUGAUCAUUGGUGAGCACGGGCACAUUUGUAAUGGCUUAUAUUUUUUUGUCAAAUAUUCACGGGGCUGAAAGUACAAGGUGACAUUCUGUGCCAAAACAAAGAGGCUAGAUUAGAUGUCACUUUUUUUUUAAUUGUGUCACGAUUACUCCGAAGUAUUUACAUUUCUUAGUUACGGUAUGCAACUUAUGUUUUCCCAAAUAUACUACAGUAAGUACAACAAGUAUCAUCUUAAAAACCGCACUGAAGUGGCAGUGACUUAUUGCAAUGCCGCUCAUGACCAUACGGCGGCACUACAUCACCACAGACGAGCGGGUGCUGUUCCACAGAUCACCAACUAAGCUUUUAAUCAUUUUGAUAAUGACUUGAGACGUUUUAACUGUAAUUCCAACACCGUGCAACAACAUUCUCCCCCACACUGUGUUAAUGUUAAGUGUAGGCUUGCAUUCAUGUGUGACUUUUAUACACUUUUGUUCUCUCAGGGCUUGCCCUCAAUGGGUCUCUUAGUCACUGUUACUAAACUCUAAUGGUACUUUUUUUAAAAUCCAUGAUGACAUAAUGUUUUGUAUUAUUUGCCGUGACAACCUGAUCCUUGUCUGUCAUUAUUUCAGCGGUAAUUAACACUCUGGUUCAGUAAGUGUUUGAAAGUGACUGUUUAAUAUUCCUGUAAUGACAACCAUGAAUAUUAUUAUUAUUAUUAUUAUUAUAUCAGACUAAUGCUAUUGCUCUUUCAAUCAUACAUUUUCUUGUGUGUCAUUAAAAGUAAUGACGAAAGCUUUCUUGUUUAGUCGGCGUGCAUGCAGAAAAAUCACGCAGUUGAAUGACAUCUAAUAUAUGAGUACGCAUGCAGGCCAAAAUUUUUACAGUUUCAUCAAAGAAAGGCAUAUCCGCAAUUGUCACUGAAUCAGCUUGAAACUGACAGAGGUUAUUAGAAAUAAACAUUUACUGAAAACAAUUU